AUGUCUGUUUCAGAAAAUCAAAACAAAAUAUGUCGAAGAACAGUUGAACUUCUCACAAGCUCCCCCCCAUUGCCUCCGUCCAGUGCGGGAGGGGGCGAGAAAGCCGCGGCUCCAGCGGGCUCCUUUCCAGAGCGUUUUCUGGGUGGUUCUCCGCACACGCCGGCCGCCCCAGCUCAGAGAGGCUGCGAGAUUGUACUAUCUAUGGCUGCCAUGAAAGCCUCCAACUAUGGUGACCAUUUCAGGCCAGAAAAAUUAAAAGAAUGGCCAGACCCGAUGGCAGUUUCUUUAAUGGAGGCAUUAGCUAGAGAAGACAUUGAUGAAGCUGUACAUGUAAUAUUACUUAGAGAAAAUUAUGUUGUGAAGCGAUUAGAUACAUAUUUCCAGCAUCUGGAUACUUUUAAGGAAAGAAGAAGAGAAAUAUUACAUAAAAAAUGGACUGAAAAUGUCGCACAGCCUCUUCAGCAGAGAAUUAUGGAAAAAGUAAUUUCAUAUAGAGGGCAGAAAAAAACAAAACAAGAGGAUUUUGAAUAUGAUUUACAGCACGCAAAUAAAACGGAAACUGUACUUGGAAAUCAUUAUGAUCUUGAAGUACAUAAUCCUUUUUAUAUAAGGAAAAAGGACUCAAAAUAUGGAAAGAUAGAGUGGGUUUCGGUCCCACCAUUUUUUGGUCCUCUGUUUCGAAGACAGCAAGAGGCAGAUGAAAAGAAAAGAGCUAUUCUUCAAUGUGAGACAGGAAAACAGUGUUCCAUAAAAGAAUUCAAAGAAAUAGAGAAGGCCAGGCUGCAUGCUAACUUGCCCCAGUUCACUUUUGCUCUACACAGUGUAAUUCCAAAAGAAAGGAGGAAAGCUUCUGCAAGGUCCAUGAGAAGUAAAGUUCAUAGUGCAUGCAGACCUGAAAAGCUAACCUGUGUAGAAAAGAAACAUCUGUCUCAUAAAGAGAAACAGACCACUGACCUAAGUCAGACUGCUUUUGAAAAGCAGUUUCAUUUAUCGAAGCUCAAUCAGGAGAAUAAAAGGGAUGAGAAGAAGGGACUGGUUUUAGAAGCCAGAUCGCACAGACCCCGCUCCUGGGCAGCUGGGGAAAGCCGUCAUCGAGGAGGUGUGCAACAUGUGGAAAGAAGAGUCAUGACAGCAGAGGUCCUGGCAAAGCACCUGGCCUCACUGCAGAUGGGGGCCAGGCAGGGCUGGCACGAGAUGUGA